CAAGAUGGCGGCCGUAUUUCUCGCUGCGCAGCACCCCGAGCGGCGUCUACUCUGCUGUCUAUAUAUCUAUGGGUAAAACGGUUGGACGGCUUGUGGACUUGCGCUCCAGAAAGCACCGUAACCAUGGCAAUUACGUUUCGAACGCCACAACGUAACCAACGUAACUCUUUACGUAGUUUUCAACGUAGUAUUCCACUCGUGCGAGCCUGGUGCUAGCAGCUUAGUGUUUACGCUACCGAGUUCGUUUUACAAUUUAGUUCAGCCCUAUUCGCCGUUGCACACAUGAAAACAAGCCUGUGUCGUGUUGAGAGGUGAGAAAACGGGUCUAAAGAAAACGGACUUAAGUUAAAUACACGGAUAAGUUUCAGGGACCCGGAAGAACAGCCAUGGAGUUUCUCCCAGUACUUGACCCUCUAGAAAAACCCAAGGAAGGAUUAUGGUAUUCUUUAAUACCCAGUGGAGAUGCUCCAGGUGUUAGUGUGGGUCACACCUGCACAUUUGUUCCAUCUGAAGAAGGAGGAAAAGGAAGAAUCCUUAUUAUUGGGGGAGCCAAUCCCAGUGGCAGUUUCUCACAUUCACACAUUAUAAAUCUAGAUAAUCAUGAAUGGGACAUGGCAGAAUGGGAAGGUUUGGAGGCGCGAUAUGAACACUGUAGCUUUGUACCAGAGAGCUGCCCACAGAGUCUGUGGGUGUUUGGAGGAGCACAGCAGACUGGCAAUCGCAGUUGCAUCCAGAAUAUACAACUAUCAGACAGUGAGCCUCGCUGGAAAAAUGUAGUUACAAAAGGGAAACUCCCCAGUCCCAGGACAUACCACACCAACUCAGCCUGCCUAGAAGACAAACUGUAUGUCUUUUCUGGUGGUGAAGCAGGAGCUGCACCUGUCUCAGACCCCAAGCUACAUGUCUUCGAUACAGUGUCUUCCACUUGGUCCCAGCCAGAAACACAAGGCAGGCAACCUCCAGCCAGACACGGCCACAUUAUCGUAGCAGUGGGUUUAAAGAUCUACAUUCAUGGAGGCAUGGCUGCAGAUAAAUUCCACAGUGAUAUGUACUCUUUUGACUCAAGGAGCACGAAGUGGGAUAAAGUGCAGGCCAAAGGAGAUAUCCCACCAGGAGUAGCAGCCCACUCAGCUGUGGUGCUGGGCAAAAACAUCUACGUAUUUGGAGGGAUGACUGCAGAUGGAGCCUCCAACUCCAUGUACAGAUUUAACACUGACAAAAGUAGAUGGAUCCUAGUGAAAUUUGAAGGAGAUAUGCCACCUAAUCGACUUGACCACUCCAUGUGUGUGUUGCCAUGGAAGAAGUGUGGUGUGGGGAAUGGGGAUGAAGAGCAGGCCAGCACCUCAGUAGCCUCUCAGACAAUAAAUCUGGCCUUCGUAUUUGGUGGGAUGGACACUCAGGGUGUCAUAUUUAAUGACUGUGUUGUGACUGUUGUAACAUGAAGAGCCUUGAUAUUGUAAUAAAGCAUUGUUGAGUUCCA